AUGCUAUUACGACUACCCAAAAGUCUUCACUACCCUCUUACCGUCACAAAAGUCGAGAAGCGGGUCGGCGAAUUUGUCGCCCGCAACGAUGACCUAUUUCUCUACUCCUACACUACCAAAGUAAAAGAAGGCAGCCGGUACGAUGAGGAAGAAAAAGAAGUGAACCGGAAGUUUGUUACCCACUUCCCAAGUACCCUCGAAGGGACAAUCAAGGCAUGGAGGGUGUGGGAAGGGGACGUCUUAACCCAUCCUGUCGACGUUUGUGAAAUAGAAGAGGAGUGCCCCCACACGGUGCAGUUCCUUGAUAUGACAACCGUGCAGGCAGGAAGUGAAACCACUGAUGCAGAUCGCGCUCCUAUUCGCAUGGCCCACGAUACACCCCACCUCACCAUCAGCAAAGAAGAAGCAAGCCGGAUAGACGAAGAAGCGAAACGUCGUCUACUCUCCUCACGCAAACUCUCGUUGGUGGUCGACCUCGAUCAAACAAUCAUUCAUGCUGCCGUAGAUCCCACGAUAGCAGAAUGGCAGAAAGACAAAGACAAUCCUAAUUACGAAGCUGUGAAAGAUGUCCGUGCUUUUCAAUUGAUUGACGACGGCCCGGGCAUGAGAGGUUGCUGGUAUUAUAUCAAACUUCGACCUGGGCUCGCCGAGUUCCUGGAUCAUAUAUCACAACUCUACGAACUCCACAUUUACACCAUGGGAACGCGCCAAUAUGCUCAGCAGAUCGCCAAUAUUGUUGACCCGGAUCGCAGAUACUUUGGCGAUCGCAUCCUCAGUCGAGACGAAAGUGGCAGUAUGAUCGCCAAGAACUUGGAGAGACUGUUCCCCGUGGAUACCAAAAUGGUGGUCAUAAUCGAUGACAGGGGGGAUGUUUGGAAAUGGAGUGCCAACUUGAUCCGUGUCACUCCCUUUGACUUCUUUGUCGGUAUCGGCGACAUCAACUCCAGUUUCUUGCCCAAAAAACAGGAAAUUCAAACAACGCCGCAAGUAGAGCCCAGCAAACCCGCGGAAAAAAUCACAGAGAAUGGUGAGCACGGCGAGAACGGCGAGAGCGCGGAGCAGGAAUCUAACGGCCUUGCUGAGGACGGGACAUCGACUAUACAGAAUGGUACUUCAGCACUCGAACAGCUAAUGGCUAUGAGUGGCGGAGACGAUCCUGCAGUACGAGAACUGCAGACGAAAGGCCAAGAAGAAAUCAUUGCGUUACAACUCGAGAGCAAACCGCUACUCAAGAUGCAACUCCAGCAGGAUGAGAAAGAUGAAGCUGAAGCAGCUGCCAAUGGCGAGGUAGUGGCGUCGCAAUCUACAGACUCAGACUCUAGUGACGACUCGGAUUCCACCGAGUCAAACGUUGCGGGUUCAGCGAAACACAAAGCUCGCCACAGCAUCCUGAAAAAUGACGAUGAAGAGUUGAUUCACCUCGAGGCAACUCUGACUGCUGUACAUAGCGCCUUUUUUGCCGAGUACGACCGAAAGCGGCUGGGAGGCAAGGGCGGUCGAGUCGCAGAACUGACGGGCAAGCGUAAGGCGCCUCUGCCUUCUCAGGACGAGAGUGACGGGCAGUCUGUGGAACUCAUGUUUGUGCCUGACAUCAAGAGGGUUAUGCCGGCCAUGAAGCUGAAGGUCUUGUCGGGGGUCAGGAUCGUGUUCAGCGGCGUGUUACCACUGGGCACCGACAUCCAAAAUGCCGAUAUCAGCACUUGGGCUAAGACCUUUGGCGCCUCCAUCACGGACAAGGUCACCAGAGACGUCACUCAUGUCAUUGCGGCGCGGCCAGGUACAGCAAAGGUCAAACAAGCUGUGAAACGUGGUAUCAAGGUCGUCAGUACUUCAUGGCUGAUCGAGUCUAUGCAACGAUGGCGCAGACUGGACGAAAGACCGUACCUGCUCGAAGGCGUCGGGAGGCAGAAGCAGGAGAUGCCAAGCGAGCUUGGUGACACCCUGGAGAAGUCAAGUAUUGUACCAAAUGAUCUCCUUCUCAGUUCAUCCGAAGGGGAGACUACCGGUUUAGACACCGAAGAUGAUCAGCCCGCACGGAAGAGGCUGAAGUUGGAUACCAUUAAAGAUGACAAUACCUCAGCAGCAACAUACGAGGACUUGGUCGAUGAUGGCAGCCCAAUCACGAUCAAUCAAGACGAGUGGGCGGAUAUCGAGGCCGAGCUGAAGGAGUUCAUGGGUAGCGACGCUGAGAGCGAGAGUGACACGGAUUCCGUCAGCUCAGCCCUGAGCUUGCGGGAACGGCGCGGAGCCAAGAGAAGAAGAGGAGAAGACGGGAAUAAUGAUACGUUGACGGGUGAGGUGGACAAAUCGUCAACAACAAAGAGGAACGGUACGGGGAGCGCUCUCAAGAGGGUCGCCAACAUUGACAGCGAACUCGAGUCAGACGCGGCACCCGAUGAACAAAUCAGGCGAGAGCAACGGGAGGUGGAAGAGGAGCAAGAACGUGAAGAAGAGGAAGAAGAAGAUUCCGAUGAUGAAUUGGCACGCGAGCUGGAGCGGGAACUGGAAGAAGCCGCCGAAGACGAGGAAGAAAAGUAG